CCCUCGACACAUCGCCGCCUCGACUGCCACCAAAUCUACCUUCAACGUCAUCCCCUCCUCUCCAGCCAGUAUCUCUGCUGCACGUUCCUACCUAAGAGACCUAUCUUCAUCGUUCCGACCGUUCACUUGCUGGCGCCACUCACUGUGCGAGGAGGACCGGGUUCCCGUCAGAACCAAUUCAAUGCGAUAGCAUUCACGGCUUCGCGCCUGAGUUCGUGACUAGACGCCCCGGUCAUUCUACUGUUCGCACAGUAGCUACCCAUGCACUUUGAGCAGGUUCGGGAUCUUGCUGGGUACGUCUCGUCUAGUUGGGCGGCGCGAAGGACUCGCUGUGAAGGGCAGAAAAGGACGAUGGAAGCAUAACCGUAAGUACAAGCCCUUCUGCGUGCAGUCGGCUACGGCCCUCCAUGUCUAAACCUAGACGACCGACCGAAAACGACUUCGACAUGCCGACCUCCGACUUGGACGAUUUCGACUUUGAUGCCCCCGAAGUCAUUGCGGUUCGUGAAGAUGAGGGACAAUCGCCUGAAGUGAUUCAGCAGUGCUUUCAACUGCGCGUCCGAUAUGCUUCCGUUGGCUUCGUCUCUUUUCGUCUUUUGCCAGUCCCUAACAGCAUGACAACAAAAACCACGGCUUGGCUACAGAUCAGAGCGAACUGCAUAGAGUCGUUGGACAAAAUGCUUUAUGACAAAGCCAACACCGACAGCCCAAGCCCACCUUACCUCGAAGCUGUCCGCCGGCGACUCAAUGGCAUGCAAUCGGUAACCCGUCUUCAAUUCCAGUUGCACAGGGACGGUCACAUCGACCUAGUCACACCAGUCGAUUCCGAUGCCGAAGACAUACUUGGCGAACCUGUCUCGAAAACAGGGGCACCACUCAUGUCCCUUGCGACAGCUUCGCGCUUUUCCAUGUACUUUCGACACGACAUCCUGCGGCGGAAAACGUUCCUCAAGUAUAAGAGGGCCAUUCGAGACUUUCCCCAUUUGACAGAAAACGAGAAGAAUGCGUAUGAGUGCAUGGUAGACGUGCGUAGGCUGUAUCAUGGCGCUGGCGGCCAGGUGCACAGGCCUCAUGGCCAUCGUGACUCUCCGUCCACCAAGGAACUUCGCAGCUCCCCCGCUCCAGCCACGCCUGCAUCGUGCGGAAGCACACUCCCCUUUGAGGAUGUGCCACAAGAUCGAAGUUUACCCCCGCCGUACGACGAAUGCUUGAGUGAGGGACGGUCGCCGAAGAUCAGGUCAGACGCCGCACCCAUCGUCGCCGAAUGGUCCAGAUGCAACUGCGAACGCGACCGUGACUGCGACCCGCAGGAGUAUGGCGAGACCGAACGGCGGAAUACUGCGCUGGAAUCCUCACAAGGUGUCUUGCCCUUCGGAGACGCAGAUAUCCACACAAAACGCAUCCAAAGAAAACGUUCAGGAACCACCGUUUGCACCACAACGUCUCCAAAAGAUGCUCCUCGCCCGGAUAAAUUGCAACGAACGCUGUUCGCCGAUUUGGACGGUCCACUGAUGCGUGCGCUCGAGCGGCAACAACAACAAAUCAAUGAUCUACAACACAUAAUCAAGGAAUCGCAGAAACGUAACGAGGAGCUCGAAUUGCGGUGUGAUGAGCUGGAGAAGAAAUGUAGUGAAUUAGAGGAUGUUCAAUCUGCAAACGUGGAGACCGUCGAGAAUCUCGACAUUGCGGUUGACGGACUUCAAGCUAGGUGCGAUAGUCUAGAGAAGCAAAUGCCAGAUGUGUGUGAUGAGAUGGCGGACCUUAAAGAAAAAUGGUUAGAGGAGUGUAGAGAGGAACUGGAAGAGAACGAGCGCAAAUCAAGUGAGGAUAGCAAGGCGAGACAAAUACGCGAGGGUGUCGAGGCUGAAGUGAACCAAAUUAGAAGGAGGGUUUUGAGAGCCCUUCAACCAACGUCUGCCAACGAAGGAGUCAAAGUAAAGUAACUACCUAGAAGAAAUAACACCCCCACGACACUCAAGACUCCCGUUGCCUGGCUAUUAUUUUUCAAUGCUUGUAGAAACCACCCAUGAGCAC